UUGAGUCAGAUCAUUGUCUAUUUGUCUUUCCAAAUAAAAAGAAAAAAAACCUACAAAAGUAUCUUACAUCCAAAAGAAAAAAAUAUAUGGCCAAAAUACCAAUCAGAUUCAGAAGGGUAGCAGCGGCCUUUGAUGAGGCAGCCAAGUGGCACCGGCCGUGCGAUGGCAGUAGCGGUAGUGAGUAUUGGCCGGAGAGUGGGGCCGAUCUCUCAGAUCUCGUGAACUCGUUUAUCGAGAAAGGAGACCAUGGGAUGGAUCAUAAUUUUGAUAUUGAUAUUGAUAUUGAUAUUGACAUUGAUGAGGUCGUGGAUAAUGUAAAUGAGGAUAUUAAUAACGAGAUUGAGGAUGCAAACUGGGUAUCUGAUAAUGAUGACGAGAAUGAUAUACAAAGGAAGGAGUUGUUACAAAGCUUAUUGUUAGAGUGUACAAGUAGUGGUAAUUUAAAGGGUACACAACGAAAGAUUUGGGAUGAGAUUGAUGUUGCAUUGAAAUUAUAUAAUGGUUGCAAUGGUGAUGUUAAUGGUGCUUCAAGAAGUAGUCUUAAACGUAAAUUGAUGGCUCAUCUUCGUGACAAAGGCUUUGAUGCUGGCCUUUGCAAGUCCCGGUGGGAGAAAAGCGGCCGAUUCCCGGCCGGAACCUACGAGUACAUUGACGUGAACGUAAGGAAAACUCGAUACAUCAUCGAGGUGUUAAUAGCCGGAGAAUUUGAGAUAGCCCGACCCACAAGUCGCUACGCUACCCUACUAGAAAUGAUCCCAUCAAUAUUGGUCAUAAAAAACCCUCAAGUAGUUAAAAAAAUAAUAAGGCUUAUGAGUGUUGCAAUGAAGGAGUCAUUAAAGCAAGCAAACAUGCUUGUUGCACCUUGGAGGCGCAAUGGUUACUUGCAAGCCAAGUACUCUAGCCCGUACAAGAGGACGACUAAUCGAGAGACGAGUGGUAAGGAUACCCAAAGAGAAGGAGAGGGACUAGCUAAGAAGAGAUCGAUGUUUGGUUUUGAAGCUCAUCAAUUCCCUAGGGUUUCUUAUUAUUGCAGGGAUAAUAUUGUUGAUUUUGGUAGCAAGGUUGAUAGGAUUAGAGUUGGAUUAUUGGCUUCUGUCCUUCAAGGAAAAUGAUGAUUAGUAUUAAGUGACUUCAAAAUUUUGUCUGAAUUGUCAAUUAUUUUAUUAGUUUAUUGCAACUACCUUUAGUUGUACAUUUUCCCUACAGGCUAGCUAGAGGGAUAUUAGUUAAUCACAAAUGAAUUAGAAAUGUUUAAGCUUUGUAUAUGUCAUUCUAUGAAAUCAAUGGAAAUUUAGUCUAUGUUUUUUUU